AUGUCUUUUACGUCGUCGCCUCAACAGGACAUCCAAGCGCUGUUGGGGCGGCGUGGUCUCACGGUUAUACCCAAGGACCAGCGAAACAUUCUGGACAAAGACGGCUCAUGGGCCGUGGAGGCAAAUCAGCGUCAGGGCCAACCUCAUGUUCCCAGCCAUGUGCUGGAGACUGUGACGGAAGCUUUUUUGCUAAGAAAGGGGCGCAAGAGCAAGCCAGUGAAUAUAAACAAACUCUCCGAGACGGUUCAACCAAGCAGCGGAGGGAGAAAUGAUGAGUGUGCCGAGAAGCACAGAAGCGUCAAUGCAGAUGACCUCCCUGAAGCUAUCCAAGGCCACAAUGAGGACAGAAUAGUCGAGAGCGUCGAGGACCAGGUGGACAAGGAACAGAAAGAGGCCAGCGAUGAUGAACAGAACGAUAGCCAGUCCUCAACCUCCUCGGAGGCCCAUAGCCGUUUAACGUGGUCGACUUCCCCAGAUCGAGGUGCUCGAGAACGGCCCCUAACAACACCAAGUCAAUCACAAGCUGUCCAGGAAACCCCAAUGCCCAACCCGAAGCCAGGACUUCUUAAUACGCUUCCCCAGCCAGAACCCCAUCGUCUGACCGUGAGCACCCCGAAAGAAGAUGAGGAAGAAGACGAAAUGGACAUGCAACCCCUACAAGCUCACGAGAAACCUGAUGUCAGGAUUAACCUAGAAUCCACCCGACCGCAAGCAACAUCCACGCCCGCUAUGAAUAUAGCCUCACAAGUCGUGGAAACCGAGACUCCGCCCUGUGCUCAGCUAAACCAAAACGUCAUCCCCGGCACCGUGGACACAAAUCGGGUCUCUGCUCCCAUUGACCCCCGAACACAACAAAAGCGGCUUCACAGAUUCAAGCGGAUCGAUUUCGACACCACCCCGGUCAAGCCCGUCAACGCAUCAACAUCAUUCACCCGUCUCCCCAACACAUUACGCAUAAAGGAAGUAGAAAGCUCGCUAUCUACCUCAUCCAGCUCCCUCAUCCCAGCUACAUGUUCAACAGCAUCAACCCAAAACUCUACCACCGCCGCCCCUCCCCCUGCUUCAUCCAUCCCUCUCCCAAACCCGUAUAACGGCGAACCUCGCUCCCUUGCGCCUACAACAACAUGUAUAGCCACGGAAUCUCAAGCGCAUUUCGUCAACCAGAGAAUCUCUCCUGUCACCGCUUCAAACCCCUACACCCUCUUCACAACCACAUACCCGUCCUAUUCUUCGCAAAACGGCACCCUCAAAAACUUCGUCAAAGCCUGCCUCUGCCUCGAGUACCUCGCAUCAUUACGUGCCCUUCGCGAAUUCCUCUACGACGAUUUCAUCCGCGCCUUUUCUGCAGAAUACGUAAAAUACGUGACCGGUGCGCGGGCAGGACAGGAGCCCUUACCCGCCAUUGAAUGGUUCAACAUGUUACCAGGGGAGCCAGAGUACAGCAAGAUGGUAAUUACGAAGCAAAAUUUACAACAUGUGCUGGACAUGUUUCCAGAUGAGGUUGCUAGGGCAAGGAGACAUAUUUCCUACGAGGCCAGGGAAUCUGGGAACGAGAAGGUGGUGCAAGGGCCGAGAGAGCAACUGGGCCGAGAAGAUGUUGUGAACGCCGAUGUCCCGACACCAGACAUAUCGCCCCCUCGACCUGCAAAGAGGCAGCGUCCUUCACCACCGUCGCCAGAAUUAGGGUCCGAUGCGCCUGAACUGCCGGAUAGAGCACCCCCGUCAUCCGUGAAGUCGAAAGCGCCGAGGACAUCCCAGUAUUUUGAGAGAUUAGCAUCAGCUAGUAAAGGUGACGUGCAGACGCAUGAAUCCGCUGAAGAACGGAAGGCCCUGCUACGAGAACACUUCAGAAGGAGAAAGGCCAGUGGUGCGCUGAGUUCACGGAGUCGGCAUGGUUCGACGUAG